AUGUCCGUUCAUAUGGCCGGCAAUCUGGCGGAAGAUAUGGCUGGACAGAACGAGGCUAUGUGCGAAGACAGCGAGAACCAUGGUGCCGAGCCUCAAAGUACAACUGGACAUGGUAAUCUCGAGAAGACCACACCUCAAACCCUACCACAUCCUAUCAUACUGGAUGGCGGUAUGUCGCGAGAGUUGAUGCGGCUACAGGCACCCUUCCGCCAGCCCGAAUGGUCUGCACUUGCGCUGAUUGAAACCCCGCAUCUUGUAGAGCAGGUUCACAGUGAUUUUGCUGCCGCUGGCGCCGAUGUCCUGACCACGAAUUCUUAUGCGUUGGUUCCGUUCCAUAUUGGCGUCGAGCGGUUCCAAAGGGAUGGCGAAGAGCUGGCGGGGCUUGCCGGGCGCCUGGCCAAGAGUGCUGCAAAUCAGGAACAGACCAGAAGUGAUAGAAAAGUGUCGGUUGCGGGCUCUCUCCCGCCUGUGUUUGGAAGUUACAGACCGGAUCUAUUUGAUGCGGAAACAGUGGACAAAUAUCUCGAGAUCCUGGUGCGAGGUCUUUUGCCGCACGUUGACAUCUGGUUGGGCGAAACAUUAAGUUCCAUUGCAGAGGCUAAGGCUGUGGAGAAAGCGGUUAUGGGAACGGGCAAACCGCUCUGGAUUGCUUUCACGAUCAAGGACGAGGAAGUGUCGACAAAUUCAAAGGGAACGACGCCUACAGCCCUUCUCCGUUCGGGUGAAACUGUGGAAGAAGCAGCUCGUUGGGUGUGCAGCUCCUCAGCAGAGAGUCUGUUAUUCAAUUGUAGCCGGCCUGAGUUCAUGGAUUUAGCUAUUCGUGGUGCGAAAAGCGUCAUCUCGCAGCAAGACCGCAGCAUUUCACUCGGUGUCUAUGCAAAUACGUUCGAACCAAGCUCAAACGCCCCGGCUGCGAAUGAAAAAAUAUCGGUGACACGGAAUGACUUGGAUGUCAAGUCAUACUCGGUGUUGGCUCAGAAAUGGGUCGCAAGUGGAGCUACUAUUGUUGGUGGAUGUUGCGGAAUUGGCUACGAGCAUAUAGCGCAAUUGUCGCAAGACCUUCAGGGGUAG